GGCAUAAACUGGCAGGCGCUGGAGGAGCGCCGCGUUGCGUCGUCCUUCAAGCCCUCAGUGGCCCACUCCCUCUCAGUUGAGAACUUUGACGCCCUGUGGACGGCGCAGCGCCCCGAGGACAGCCCCUGCGGCACGCCCACAGACCCGAAGCUGCGCGACGCGUUUGAGGGCUUCACCUACGUCGCCCCCAGCUUCCUCGCCGCCCACGUGGCGGCGCGGGCGGCGCCCGGCGCGGGCGCCGGCGGGCCGUGA